AUGGUUUCGUUGUGGGUGGAGGGUACUUUCCUGCCCCCUGGCUUUGGGUUUGCCCACGUGGCUUGCUCUGGCCAUGGAAUGAAGCAGAAACGAAAGGCUGCCAGUUCCGAGUCCACGUCUGAAGUCGCUUUAGGUGGUUCCGCGGGCCCCGUGCGCUCCCACCUUCACCCAGAGGGCCUUCUCUGGUGCAGCCGCUUCUUCAGUCUCCGCCCAAAAGGAACGGAGCCCCCUGGCCAAUCCGCAGACCUACAGGGAGCCACAGAGCGCAGCGGCUGGUCCAGCGUUCAAGCCCAAGCACAGGCCUGCCAGAACCUUGUUCCAGCCGCCGUUUAG